GGAGGAGGAGGUUAAACAAAAAGGGAAGGCACUUGAUGGUCAUGUGCUGAAAACAAGAAGAGUAAGGGAGAGACUUGUGUUGCAGCAUCUCAAAGAGAAGCAGAGUGAGGAAAAAACAAAGAAACCUUAGCUGGCAAUGUAUCACUAGGCACAAGUCUUGUUUUUUUUUUCUUUCUUUCUUUUGUAAGCUAGUCUGUAUUCAGCAUAUACAACCCACCAGUUAGCUGAAUGAGUGAGGAAGGUGCACCACUCACUCUCAGUCUCGCAUAUGCCGAGACCCAAACACACACCUCGGCCGGCAACGCACACACAGGAGGACCAAUGCAGCUUCAAGCUUCUACAGACACGGAGGAGAAGAAGAUGGAUCCAGUGCAGAAGGCCGUGAUCAACCACACCUUCGGAGUUCCUCUGGUCAAGACCAAGCGGCCCGUCAUCUCCUGUAACGUCUGCCAGAUCCGCUUCAACUCAGAGAGCCAGGCAGAGGCCCAUUACAAAGGGAACCGCCAUGCCAGGAGAGUCAAAGGCAUUGAGACCUCUAAGAGUCGUCCUCAGGAGGGGGACAAGCCUCAUGCUCUGCCCCCCACCUCCUCACCAUCUCCGCCUGGAGCCCCUGGCACGGCCCCAGACAGUGAGCCCAGCAAAACGGAUGAAACACGGCCUCUGCCACAGUUAAACGGGCCCCUACUGGCCCCGGGGCCCCUUCCCCCUCUUCCGACCCCACCCACCCCACCCAUGGACUCCCCGGUGCCGUCGGUGUGCCCACUCCUCCCCACUCCCACUCCUCCCCUGAUCCCCCCGACCUCCUCCUCCCCAGGCUGCGCCAGCACCAACUCAGAGCAACCCGGGUCCGCACCUCCAAUUUCAGGAGCCGCUGGCACCCCGGCGUCCAGCAGCCCAUCCAACCCGGAGACAGAGGAGGAUAAAGCCAAGAAACUGCUGUACUGCUCACUGUGCAAGGUGGCUGUCAAUUCCUUGUCACAGCUGGAAGCUCACAACAAAGGUACAAAACACAAAACUAUCCUGGAAGCACGGAGCGGGCUGGGCCCCAUCAAGGCAUAUCCUCGCCUGGGCCCGAAGCCCAGCGGAGAGCAGGGAGGGGGGCCAGUGGACCCCAACACUCAGGAACGAACCUUCCACUGUGAGAUCUGCAAUGUGCGGGUCAACUCGGAACUGCAACUAAAACAGCACAUAUCAAGUCGAAGGCACCGGGACGGCAUGGCAGGCAAGCCUAACCCCCUCCUCAGCCGACACAAGAAGCACAGGGGAGCUGAUCUGACGUCUUCUUUGACCUUUUCCAAGGAUCUCACCAAAGCUUUGGGUGCAGGGCUCCUGCCCAACCCCUUGGCUGUUGCCGCAGCAAUGGCCGCUGCGGCGUCCUCGAACCCGCUGGCUCUCCGUGCAGCUGCUCCUGCGCCUCACCCACACCAUCACCUCUUGCAAGGCCCGCCUCUCAGCCACGCCAUCCUGAGACCCGCCCCCGGGCCGAUCCGCACCACCCACGGGCCAAUCCUCUUCUCUCCCUACUGACACAUCACCCUCUGACUUCAUCCAGUCAGAAGCAUCCACUCCAAAAAGCACACUGUGAAGCUACAAACACGAUCAACAAACAGCAAUUGAUAAAGGGGGGGGGGGAUCCAAUCAUUUAAAUAUCUGACUGAGAGAAUAGCAAGGGAAAGGAAUGGCGGAAAGGAGUCUCUCUUUUUCCCUUUACCUGAAACUCUCCAUUCACUCUCCCUCCAUUUUAAGACUUCUGCAGAUGGAAUGAGCAGAGGAGAGAUUUUCAUUAUGCAUUGAACUCCCUUGUACAUUUCUCACCUCCCCUGGUCCCUUGCACUGUGGCCCACGGUCACGGCCGCCUCAAUAGCAACAGAAGAAACACAUACAGAUCUUUCUAGAAACAUUAAGCCACAUGUAGUGUUACAUAAUUAUCGUGGGCCAGGUUGUUUUUUUUUUUUCUCCUGUCAUCGUGGCUCAACAUGCUCUUCUCAUCCUAUGCACCUCAAAAACCAAGACAAUAAUGUUAUGUCAGUAGGGUAGCUGCUUUCAUCGGUCUUUGCUGCGUGCGCCACAUGUAGCUGUGGCGGCCUCCACGGUACUGUACACGGCCUGCACCGCGCCGGAGGCCAGCAGCUCUUCAAUUUGUGACACUAGGUCCUCGCUAGAUACAACAUGACUUCGGCUGACAGGCAGGUGGUAGCCACAUCUGAACACGUCUGGUGAUGGUUUUGGGGGGGGUUAGGAGAACAGAAAAGUGACUGUGGGGGAUUGCUCUCCCCUGUCAUUUCCUGAGAGGGUGAGGUGAGAGGAGGGCUGGCACGGGUCAGCAGACGGAUUGACCACAGGCAGCAUGCAGACACACACUCAAGCCCAAACAAAUCUGUUUUAAAAUAGACUGUACCAGCAAAAAAUUGCUACGGGGCACAUCUGCCAACCUGCAUAACAGUCAGACAUGGGCCUUACCAAAGGGGAGAGGGGAUGGGAGAAGCAGCAGAAGUCACACAUUGGUACAUACUGUACUGCUGCUUAGUAUAAGCCCACAAUCUUUUAGCUUAGAUCGCCUUUUAUGGAAUGAAUUCUGUGCUUUUACAUGCAGUAAUGACAUAUACUCCACUGUAUAGAGCACAGGUGAAAUUGGACAUGACUUCUGUUUAGAUUACGAUGCCAAAAAAGGUUACUGGCACCUUCACAUCUCCCUGGUCGUCAUCCGCUGGCUGAUUCACUGUGUAGGUGAUUAUGACCUUGGUGUGACCCUGUGUAUUGAUGUAUUUAUGUUGUUUCUGCAUGCAACCUCACAAUAAGGUCCUGCAGGGACAAGCUUUUGCAUCAUUGGGUUGACCUCCUCCAUUCCUGCCCUGUCCUCCUCUUCCUCCUCCUCCUCCUCCUCCUCACCUCCCCGAGAUCCAAAGGUUCAUAUGGGUCUAUUGUGGAAGAUACUGGCGACCAUAAUGCUGAAAGGGAACAAAUUAAAUAGAGGAAGAUGAAAGCCAAAUACAUUCUUGGAGAAAUGAUCUUGAGCUGGAGUGACAACCGAGCCAGAAGCGUAGGGAAGCCGCCCGGAGCGGGAGCCAAGACGUCCAGCCCAAGGCAUCUAUCGAUACUUCCUGUCUUACAACUGAAAGCCAUGAAACACACCAUGAUUUGUUUUCUUUUACAAAGACUGGUGAGCACUUUGUUUUGUUUGGUUCGGACUGUUGGUUUGCGUUUGUAUCACACAUUAAAAAAAAGCAAAACAGAAAACACAAUAAAAAAUAUUUUUGUAGGUAGGAAAUGGUAAUAACUUCAUCCAUGAAGGGGGAGCGAAGAAAGGGGACUGUGGAUUAUAUAAGUGACUUAGGCAGACUGAUAAACAGGCAAAACAACUGACUCAGUGGGGAGCCACAAAAGCUAGCUAAGCAGCAGCAGACCUAUCUUGCCUGACAGCUUGAAACUAAAACCCUUUUCUGAACGAGAUGUACACUGUGCCCUUUCAUUGAGAAGCAAUGAGCUCUAAUGUCUUACCUUUGUCUGAAUAUUGCAAUGCAAUGAGCAAUUUUUAUCAGAGUGACUUGUUAUCAUUGUGACAUGUUGUGACAUAUUGUCUGGAGUCAUGUGUAAACUGGGAGCACGCCAGCUGACAGACUUUUCUGUUCUUCCACGAGGAGUUAAGUCCUUUAGGGGAUUGCGAGAGGGAUAUAGAGAGACGGAGGUGUAGCUGGGCAUAGGGACCGACCCUUCAUAUUAAAGGGCCUUUUUACUAUGGUAAUCUCUGCUUGGGGAACAGGGUACAACACCAGGUAUCAAGGGAUUAAAGCUAGAUCUGUUCAACAGGCUUAUUUUUGUUGUUAAUUUGGUUUUACAGAGUUGCAUUAUUAUUAUUUUUUUUCUGUGUGUGAGAAAUGUGUCGAAGUGAAAAUCCUGAGGAACGUUAUCAAUGCCAUUACUUAAAGAAGAAGCUGGCUUGGCGUCAGCUUCCACCAUUGUGCUCUUUUUUUUUUUUGUCGCUGAACGUAACCUUCAAUUUCAUUUUGUGAGUGAGAUGCUAUUCCAGGAUCCGUGCUCUCCUUCCUGUUGGUGUGUGUACCAUAUGUAUUCUAGUGUGUGUUGGGAUCUGCUCUCUCCCCCACCUCCCACCAAUCAGAGACAGAGGCAACCUGGAGCUAUAAAGUGGCCUAUAACACAAUAAUGGAGACAAAAACCUGCACAGGUUUGGUUUGGGAAGCGUGAUCAAUCAUCCUGGAUUCUAGCAGAGACUUGAUCAAUAACCCAACCUAACCAAAGUACUGCAACGUUGUCCCUGGUAGGUCAGUCAAGUAGCACCACAGAUAUGUUCAUAUUGUCCUUGAUAUGUUCAUAAAGUGGUAACUCCCAUUGAGUCAUCCUCAUUAUUCACAUUUGGGAAAUAAAUGUUAGAUUCCUAUUUUCUGGGCAGGUGUUUCAAGUUAGCUGUGUUUAGGCUACUAGCCUUAGCCUUAUUUUGCCCUCAGUCUCUCUCAGAGCAGAGAGAGAGAAAUGGAGAGGCUAUGGUGUACUUUUGUCUUGCCAAUAAAGUUAUUUUUGAACUUCAUUAUCAGAGGGGAAAAAGAGUUUGUAUGGCGAAUUGUAGCAAUACCUGACUCAUUCUGGCUACUCUUGUUUAUUGCAAUAAGAAAAUUAAACAAUAAAUGUGUAUGUGAGUAAAACAUUAUAAAUGUAAUUUAAAUGAAAAAGAAACUUUAUGGUAAAUACUAUUGGUAUCAAGAGAAACCAUGGUGGAAAAAAGUAAAUGUCAAUAAAUCAUUAAAUGAUA